AAUUAUCCAUGCAGUUCUAGCUACAUUAAUGCUGCACCACGGGAUACUGCAAGCACCUGUUAAUUUGAGGUCGAUCGAGAGAUAGCAAUGAGAAUCAAUAGCUACAGAGGAUUCAUCUUGAUAUGCUGCGUGCUUUUGCUUGCUUUACUUGCAGGAGGUGAAAGCCUCCACAACUUAAAAGAGAAGCAAAAUUGCAACUACACGGUGACAAUAGAAACAUCAUGCACAAGGGGCGCCGAAACUUCAAACCGUGUAAGCCUGAGAUUUGGUGACAUGAAAUCCAAUGACAUCUUGGUGAAACAUCUAAACUCCAAGCAUGUAAGAAAGGUGGAUCCGUUAGCACCUGAUGUCCUUGAUGAUGUGCCCAGAAAGCCAUUUCAAGCUUGCAAUAUAGACGAGUUUCAAGUCACAGGACCAUGCGUGGAGUCACCUGUUUGUUAUCUGUAUCUCAAAUUGAUUGGAAAUGAUGAUUGGCGUCCAGGUUUUGCACAUAUUAGAGAGAUAGAGGGAUCUCAUCACAGCUCAAAAUAUUUCUACUUUCGACGGUAUCUGCCUAGGAAUGUCUGGCAUGGCUCAGAUAUGUGUGAUAGAGAGGUUACUCCUUUUGGGAUCAAGCACAAGAGGAAGGUCUAUCUUUACAGUUAACCCAAUCCUACCUUUAAUGGUAUAAAAAAUAGAGCAACCCUAUCUUCACACACCUUCGUGUCAUCAUGUUUUUCAUGUAAUGUUAUCUUGAAUUCAGAAUUGAUACGAUUACGUAAUGAUAUAUUAUCUGUAUAUUAUUAAAUUUACGAAAAUGUAAAACUAAGGCGGUUAUGAUUUGUACAGUUAAUAUAAUAAUAUGUGGGGAGAGAGAAGACAACUCACCUGCUCAAUUUAUUAUCA